UCAUUACGCAUUUUAGUGUGCUACGUGCCGGUUAUAAGUUUUGAGUGUGUUUUUCUUUGUGUAUCAUGAAUCAUCAAAAGGCAAGAAUGGCUAGAUUAAAACGCAAAAUGAUGAAAUUAGAGAAGAUGUUAGAGGAUGUAUCUUCUAGUUCCUCAAGUGAGACUGAACCGGAAAAUUCUGUUCAAAUCAUUAGACCAAAAAGACGAAGAAUUCUGGAUUCAGACUCGUCAGAGUCAGGAACUCCAAUUCAGAUGGAAGAGCCCAUUCACUUACCACAGUUUACGGACUACUCCAGAAAACUGUUCAGCCUUAAGUGCCCCUGACCUAAAUCCAGAAAUUAAGAAGAUGUUAUCGGACACGGAAGUUAAGAAAGACUCCUUUUUAUCUCAUAUUCAGAAUGACAUAGGAACUGGGUUCACAGCUUUGGGAAUGUCUUUGGACAUUUUAUUAAAGGGAGUGAACUUAGGUGAACAGCAGAUGAAACAGGACAUCUUACCCGGUUUAGUAGAUAGUGCAAGACUCUUAUGCAAUGCUCACUUUUAUUUGUCUAUGCAUAGAAGACACCAGAUUUACCCUAAGUUAAAACCUGAUAUGCAUAGGGUUGCUAAAGAGUCGAAGCUGGAUUCCUGCUUGUUUGGCGAGAAAUUGUUAGAUAAGUUUAAAACGGCCCAGGCUAUCAAGAAAUCAAGUGCAGAAUUUAGAGCGGCUUCUAGAGGAUCAUCAUCUGCUGGCAAUUCCGGGCAUUCUUUAAACUUCCCGCGCAGGACGACAAAUACAAGGUUCAAACUGAAAAACUUUGUGAGAGCGGACAUAGACAAGAAGUACCAAAACAGGUCGACACUCAUAGGGCGGAACCAACAGAGCUACUACAACAGGGCUCAGGGUCAGAGGUUUCAACAACGAUAUUAGAGAAACAGUCAUCCUCUAUGGGAGAAUCUUACCCUGGCUGUAGGGGUAUUAUCAGGAGAGCGUAUGAAGCUAGAGGAUUUCCAAGAUCUUCGAUAAACAUCUUAACCGCAUCACUAAGUGAUAACACCCUGGCUCAAUACAAUGUUGCUUAUAAGAAAUGGUGGGCGUUUUGUAAACACAGGGAUAUCGAUUUAUUAGAUCCAUCUGUAAAUAAUCUCAUUGAGUUUUUGGACGAACAAUUCAAUAAAGGCUCCAGUUAUUCCACUUUAAAUACAUUUCGCUCGGCUUUAAAUAUCUUAUCCACAAAGACAGAAGAUCAUCUAGUAAAUCCAUUUCUCAAGGGCGUAUUCAGAUUGCGUCCGGUUUUCCCUAAAUAUACCCACACUUGGGAUCCUAAAAAUGUUUUAGAGUACUUAUCAACACUUUUUCCGUUAGAAUCAUUGAAUCUUGAAUUUUUGUCAUAUAAAUUAAUUACAUUGUUAGCGUUGUGCACAGCUCAUAGAAUUCAAACUCUUAGUAAAAUUAACAUAAAUUGUGUCUCAAACUUAGGAGACAGGAUUGAGAUCCUUAUUCGAGAGUUGUUGAAAACAUCUAAACCGGGUAGAGAGCAGCCUAGAUUAAUAAUUCCGUUUUUCAAAGAUAAACCUGAGUUGUGCGUUGCUUCGGUUAUAAUAUUCUAUAAAGAAAAGACCAAAGCGUUUAGGGGUGAUAUUUCAACUCUGCUACUAACUCAUUGUUAAAAGUUAUAAUGAAAAACAAACUCUUUUGUCUAAAUUCAAUCAACUUUUAUUUAAUCUUUAUCCGCCACGACUUCAUAUGGAACUGUUUUUUGUUUCUUACCAAAAAUACGCCUUAUCCUCUAAACCUUUUUAACCUAAACAAAGUAUCAAGUUACAAACUAAUAUUUCUCGGCUAUCGCUACGUACUUCUUAAGUGCCGCACAUCAUUACUUUUCCCAUAAAUAACUGACACUUAUUUCGAACCUAUAUAACAAAAAGAUUAUUGUCCUUAUAUUUAAACCGCGUAAUA